AUGACAAUCUACACUGGGCUUUUGCUUCUUAUUCUUUAUGCUCCGUGUUAUUACAUGGAGAGCCCGAAUAGUGACUACAAUGAACCCUCCUCAAAUGUAGCGCAAGCAUUCGAGAAGCGGUGUCCACCUGGCCUGUGGUGUGGUAAAAAACGUAUGUUCUCAAGGGAGGCAUCAAAGCCAUCCGACCUUAUCGCCCAUGUUUUUGAAAAACGUUGCCCACCUGGAUUAUGGUGUGGUAAGAAGCGACAAGUGAAAGAUAGCAGUCAAAACAAAGCCAAAAAUUUUGGUGACGCUAACAAACUCGCCGACCAGUUUGCGAAGCGUUGUCCACCUGGCUUGUGGUGCGGGAAGAAGCGAGAGUUAUCCAGUCAGAAAGCAAUGUAUGCUGCGCCACUUCAAGAACAUGCUAAAGACACGUCGAUUGAGACCUUUGAAAAGCGCUGUCCUCCUGGAUUAUGGUGCGGCAAGAAGCGAGAGUUAUCCAGUCAGAAAGCAAUGAAUGCGGCACCACUACAGGAACAUGCUGGAGACUCGUCGAUUAGGACCUUUGAAAAGCGAUGUCCACCUGGCUUGUGGUGCGGGAAGAAGCGAGAGUUGUCCCAUCAGGAAGCAGUGAAUACUGCACCACUAGAGGAACAUGCUGAAGACUCGUCGAUUGAGACCUUUGAAAAGCGCUGUCCUCCUGGAUUAUGGUGCGGGAAGAAACGAAGUAUACCAAAAACCAUGGAGAAUGAAGGUGACUUUAUCAACGCCCUCGAAAAGCGUUGUCCGCCUGGCUUGUGGUGUGGGAAGAAGCGUACCACUACUGGAGAUAAUUUGAUUGGGUCCAACGAAGAAGAAGGGGAAUUGUCGCUGAAAACGUUUGAAAAGCGCUGUCCUCCUGGCUUGUGGUGCGGUAAGAAGCGAACAAUUGCCACCUCGGCGAGUACAAAGAAUCAACUGGACGUUUAACAAAUCAAGAGAAGUAGGAUCAACAGGAACAUUAUGAUGAGUAAUAUAAAGUUAUUAUUGAUGCAAUGAAACCAAUUGGACAUUUUGAUCGUAUGAACGCAACCGUUAAAAGUAAUGCCAUUUGAUAACUUUCAAGGAGUUUUCGAGUACCUCUGUAGGUGUUUACGAAUGCCUCAUUAAAAAAUGUUCUCCCUCCAACUGGCGUCCAUUGUUUUCAUCUGUAUUUCUUUGACUGUUUGUCUCUUUCUUUGUGUUUUUCUGUCUAUCUAUUGGUGGGUGUGUGUCAGUUCCUCUUCAGCAGACUUCAAUAUUAUUUACUGCGCUUCGGUACGAGAAUGAUUCCUUACUGCUCCAACUAUACCAGGAGACUGAUAAGCCGCCCUUCCAAUGAUCCUUGGAAAAAUUAAGUCAUCUAUUCCAAAUAUAAAUCGCAAUCUCUACCAAUUAUAGGAGAAUGUCUUCUAGACCAGAAUUUUCAUCUUCUCCCUUUACAAUCUACAUAUGUAUUGUGAUGUAUACUAUGUUCCUUUGUCGUAGGACAUGUGAGCCAUCUUAAUAGAAAAGGGUAAAGGAUGGAUGAAGCCGCCGAAGGUCCUUGUUGUGUUUCAAUACUAUGAAAGUGUUUUAUCACGACCUGUCAGGCCCGGCUCGCGCAAUCCCAUAGAAAACCAUUGCGAAAACUGACGUGUGAAGGGCGGGACGGGUUGACGUGAGCCGGUCCGGAAAAAGCCGUCCGGUCCCAGUGCACUUGUACGGCUUCAUUGGCAAAAAGAUACAUUGUUUGCUGUUAUUUAUGUAUAUGAGUGACAGCAGUGAACGAAAAGGAGAAAACAGGUAACGUUUUUCGAUGACUUAUGAUUUUCUCGUUCUGACUCGAAAAAAUAAAGGAAAAGUUUCUAGAAUCUUUUUUGUGGUUCUCCCGCGAACGCCAGCCAAUCGUGUCCUAUUUAAGUUAAGACAAACUUUUAGAAAUUUUUAAUAUUUAGUCAGAGGUCAUAUGAUAAAAUGCUUAUUGACUGUGUUAGGUCGAGCCUGGCUUUCGUUCAUGAAGCACGGACCUCGCCGUGCUCGGCUCGUACGUGCUGACCUUCAGCCAACUAUUUUCCCGUCUGGCCCUCCCACUCAGUCAAUAAGUAGAUAUUAUUGACAGUGGUUAACGUUACAAUAACUAAGAGAAGACAAAUUGUUUUUAUGGAAAUGAUGAUGAUGAUUAUCAUCGUAAUUAUCGUCAUUUUUUCAUCAUGAAACAGAGUAAAUGAAACUAAGUUAUACAUUCUGAGGGCCACCACGAAUGGAAUCGAUGAGGUGGAAAGAAAUCUUGGUGAAAAAUACGGCGUUCGAUAAUAAUUUAGGACGUGCAAAGCGACAAAAACAGAAAUUUCCGACCCUCUGCUAACUGGAUUAGGUCGUAAACAGUCAUCUAAGCGUACUCACCGCACCGUUUUAAAGCUUGUAUUUUUAAUAAUAUCGAAAGGAGACACCGCUGGUAAGAAGACACACAUUUUGACUUCCGCGCAUCUGGAAGUAAAAAAAAUCCCCUUGAGCGGUUAGUUCUAGAAAUUGAGUCGAAAAGGACCUUUUGUUCAUUUUAAUUUGAAUCGGACAACUAAUACUUCCUCCCAAACAACGCACUGUUGAGCUUAUUACCCUCAUGUAUUUGACUCCCCUGUCCCGACCAAAUCUCUCAAUAAAGUUUCGUGCGAAAUUAUGCGGUACAAAGAUAGGCCUUUGGAAACGAGUACUGUCUCAAUAUGGUGUUGUUAAUACCUCUGAGAGCAAGACUCAAGUUGCUGAAAAUUUUCAGACGAUUUUGAGGUUCCUUCAUUGAAAAAUACCCCUUUAUUCUCACAAGACAUUUCCAGAAGUUGGCGUUCGGUAGAAAUUAUCAUGUUAAAUUAGCUCUGAUUUCCAUCACAAUAGAAGAGGGCUUUUUGUUGAAGAGAUGAAAGGUGACAAAAACGAAAUCAAAACAUUGGGCUCGCGAGAAUAGAAACUCAAACAACCAAAAACGAACGACGGGAGAGAAGAUCAAAUUUUGUUUUUGAGGGGUGUCUCUCGUGUACAAAUUUGGUUGAAAAGACAAAACUCAAAGACAGCUGAAACACCAGACAAGCAGACUGGAGGUGACUUAGGCUGUUUCCUCCUUGUACGUAGAACUUUCCUUAGUAAAAAAUAAAAUUUUCUCAAAUUUAAUAUUUUGCUCCGUGAAAUUUUUUACGUUUACUGAGAAAAUUAAGUGAUAUGGAGAAACACCUUAAAGCUUUGAAGUAAGACUUGUCAUAAGAAUCAGGGCAUUCAUUCUAAUUUUUUUCAUUUCUCUAAACACAGGUUAUCAGGUUAUUACACAUCCUUAAACGGAAAUCGCUUAGAGUGUCCUCUUUAUCACAAAAGGCUGAAGUGCUACUUCCUGGCUGUCAACGUCUUUUGAUGAAAAAUCACAAACAGAUGAAACGAUUCGAGCCGAAUACAUUUGCGAACUAAAAAUUGUCUGGUCUUAUUCCCCACUCCUAAAUUGUAACUCCAAGUGAGUAAGAUUUAUUGAUGAAAUUACAUGAUUAGAACCUUUAGAAAACUAACAAACUUGACAAUGUCGAAGAUUUUGCAAAGAUAGGUAUUCCGAAAAAUAUGAGGUUUUACACCACCCUGAUAGUGCCUUGGAGUUUCACCUUUUAGUCUCAUUUAAGUAUAUAUUGUAAACUAAAAAUUGCGUGAGGAAAGGAAAAUCUAGAUGGCAAGAUAGGAGAAUGUUGCAAACAUUCAAUAUCAAUUCCAAAAAAAACUGAAAAAUUUUUCUCAGGGUGAAAAAUUACAGCAUACUUACCGAAAAUAAUCCAAAAUAGCGCUGGAAUAUAUUUUAGCUAUCAGAAAAAGAACUGCCGAUGCAAUGAAUGUUUAAUGAACGUUUUAGUCUUAUUCUCACUGUUCCCAGAUGGAGAGAUUAGUCUUAAGUGCAGGCAUAGUAUCUCACUCGCAGAGAUCGUAGGAGUAAUUUAAACUGCAAGACAUCUUUGAUGAAUGACAAAAGAAAAAUAUUGGGAUAUUUUUUCCCACAAGGAACCUAGUAACAAAGCAGAAUGUAGCCUUAAUUAACAGCUUUGUUAACAAGACAAAGGCAUUUCACAACAGCAACCUCUCGCCGGUUAUUUUUUUCUUUCUGCCGCCUUUGCAUUUGAAGUUUAACAACCUCAUGAUGUUUUCCCCUACACUGGUAUUCAGAUAAUAAACAGCGGGCGUCAAAAACCGAGCUCCUUACCCUAAGGCACAAACAACAGCUGUAUAAACAAGCUACCUGAGGCACGAACUGUUUCACUCAACCAGAAAAUAGUUCAAUGUUUUCAGUUGCUUGCAUCUUGUAACUAAAAAAUGGUUAUUUCAACAUCAGAUUACCAUAAAAAUAAAUUGAGGUAGAACGUUAUUUCGGGAUAGCUGUUUCUCGUCGUUACCACUUUUUGGGCUAAUUAAUAGAUUUAAUUGUUCUCCAUCGGGAGAACCACGCUCGAGUCUUUGUAUUAAGAUAACACAAAGGAGAACAGUUUUUUGCACCUGCUAAUGUUUUAAACUAAUGCAAAACUUGGAAUUAUAUGAGAAGCCUACUCUGCUUUAAGAGUGAUCUUCCGAAAGCAGUAAACUAUUAGCUUCCUUCCUCCCUUCGUCUCUUUCCUGUCUCUGAGAUGUGUGGGUACAUUGUCAAUUGACGUGCAUUGAUGUUUCCUUUUCUCAUAACCUAAACGCUCGAGAAAUAAGUUUUAAAAGUUUAAUUAAGUAAAGUUAUAAUAAUCGACAUUUAUUAGUUGUUGCAAUAUGUAACUACGUCAGGCGAAAAAUCUUUUAAGAAGAAAUAAUUAGAGCGACAUUAUUAAUGGACGUUCUAAAUAAGUGCGGUUGAUUACGAGAUAUGGUGACAAUUUCAGCAGUGUCACUUGAGAGAUUCUGCCAGCAUGUAAAGCUGACAAAGAAUAUUCUCCGAAAGUCGUCUUUGAAUCUCAGAAUUUCUUUUAAAAUCUUUAAAAUGUUUUGGUUAAAAUAUACAAAUUUUUACUCCAAAUAUAAUCAAUUUUUUACGUUUUGAUCCUAAGCUAAAUUUGCAGUUCAUUAGAAGUUGUGAUGCAUCAACUCUAAUAAAAUAAAAAUCCCCAAUGGAGACAAAAAAAUCAAAUCUGAGUAGAAGAACGUUCUUCCUCUCUCAGAUGCUCUUACCCAAUUUGGCCUCCAACGCACAUGGGUUUAACGAGUAGGACACUACGUUUGAACAAAUAAAAUACACCACAGUUCUUUUUUAUCUAACGGGGCGGAGACAAUCUUUUCCUCAAUCAUUUGCGGGUUUUCAAAAAUUAGAGAGAGUAAGAGCCGAAUUGAAGAUUAGUUAUAUUGUUUUAACAAAGAAAAGCCGAUUACAGGUUAAUUCUAUCAAAACUGGCAAGAUUCGUGGGCUAUAGGAAAUGUAACACAAGCAGCGAACAGGUGAAAAUAGGUAAUUAAACAGUUUGGCGUUUUCCGGGAUUCUCUUAGUAUAAAAGAAGACAUUUGAGACUUCUGGCUGUUAGAAACGUCUUUCAAACUUUAUCGAGAAAGCAUCGCUUUUUAGAUUUUGAGGCAUUUGUUUGGCAUUCUUCGACUAAAAGGCAAAUUUCCAAAGGUGUUCAAGACUUUGUUCGACAAGAUGACAGUGCUCAUCUCAGGAAGUAUUAUGUUGUUUCUCCUCGUUUGUCAAGUUCAUAAGGCAGGAGGGGUAAAAAAUGCGGAAAUCAAUACUCGAAGCGAUUUCCAGAAGCGACUAGAUGCUAUUUCUGAAAUAAUAUCUCGAAAUCCGGGCAAUUUUGAUAAGUGGCCGAAAACAUUUCAACCAGGGAUUCCAAAGCGUAGAAAUGGACUUAAUAGCGAUGGUACACCGAGUACGAGCAAGAAUGAAGAGAAAACUCGUCAUGUAAGAAUGAACUACCCCCAAAAAAUCCAUACCAAAGUUCAAAACCAAGCGACGAAGGAGACUAAAGGCAGAUUUGAAUCGCUUAGUGGCUUUCAAAGGAUUUCUAAAGCCGCCGUUCAGAAGUCUCCUUGUCCUGCAGAGAAUCCUGCGUGCGAAAGAAAAAGAACCGUACUACCAGCAGGAAGAAUUUCCUAUCAGUGUCCUACUGGUUUGUGGUGUGCUAAGAAACGGAAUUAUCGAUUAAGGGUAGUUACAGAUCCCGGAGAGCCACGGGUCAAAAGAAGCAAGCGAAUUCCAUCAAACGAUCACAAACGAGCACGAAUAGAAAAAGAAACGACCGAAAAUUUUGAAAUCAUGCCACAAACACCUAGGCGAUGUACUUCUGAGUUGGGUUGCUCUGAAAGCCAUGGCGAAAAGGAGCAGGAUGAAUCAUCCAACAGGUUAUUACAAGGGCAUAUACCAGACCAAGGUAAGAGACAGUGCCCUGUUGGGUUAUGGUGUUCAUCUAAACGAGAAGCUGGCUUCGAAAACUCUGAAACCUUAAAGAAAUGCCCUCCUGGUUUAUGGUGUAAACGUAACGAGAUCCAUCUUGGACAAUACUUUAAUUCAAAACGAGCGAGUAUGAAAGACGGUCGCCAGUGUCCAACAGGUUUGUGGUGUUCAAGGAAAAGAGAAAAUGGAUAUGCGAAUUUUGAGACCAUGAGCGAUUGCCCACCCGGCUUAUGGUGCAAGAGAGAUAAGAUCAUGCCUGUUGAAAUGGAUAUUGCAAAGAGAGAGCUCGAGUAUGAAAACUCAGAGACAUUGAGAAAUUGUCCUCCGGGAUUAUGGUGCAAGAAAAACACGAUUGACGACAUCAUAAAAGUGCGAAACGUUAAAGUGAGCUGUCCAACCGGAUUUCGGUGUUCGUUCAAGAGGUAUAUGGGUUAUGAGAAUUCUGACACUCUUGAGAAGUGUCCUCCAGGCUCCGAGUGCAGACGCAGUGAACAAAGAGACAGCGACGGUUCCACUGAGCAGGACUGUCCUCCCGGUCUGUGGUGCAAGCGAAACGGAGGUAAAAUUCGGGAAGCCACAAAUCAGAGCGUUGAUUGCGCGGACGUCUCCUGGUGUUUACUUAAGCGAAAGCUAGGUAUUGAGAAUAAAGAUUCUCUGGUCAAAUCUAAAUAG